CCCAUUGUGCGGCAUUGAAGCUCCCCUCUCUCCCUCCCUCCCUCUCUUCCUCUGUGAAUUCCCCUCCAUCUCAUCAGAUCCAAAACGCCAUUGCUUCUGAUUCUGAAGCCGAGAAAGAACCCCCAACUCUCUCUCUCUCUCUCUCUCUCUCUCUCUCUCUCUCUCUCUCUCUCUCUCUCUCUCUCUCUCUGUUUGUCAGUUUCUAUGCAAGGACCCUUCAUUUCAACUCCAUUUCUCUGAUUUACAGUUGAAGUAAUCUCCUUUGGCAACCCCCCACUACAGUAUUAAGGGAAGACUUUCAGUUCUCUUCGCCAUUGCUACUCAAUCCGGUUGUCUUCUAUACUGGGUUUCAUUCAGGAAUAGAGGAUUUCCUAUUGAAUGCUCGAGGGUCAGACGUCAUAGAUGUCAUGGAUUCAUACGAAUGGUCCUCGAUUAUGAAAUUAAAAGAGUCGCGUUUUUCACGAGUACAAGAAUGUGACAUUCCUGGUCGUGCUCAUUAGCCCAUUAUGGUCGGACUUUUGAUUCGGGGAAUCCGGACCUGUCUUCUUGUGGAUUUUUUGGAUUAUCCCAUCCGAAUCAGAAACAAAUAUGGGAUUCGAGGUCAACAAGCAAUCCUGAGCGAGAUCAAGAAGGAAGCCGAGGGAACAUUGAGGCUACUCUGGAAGAAGAUCGACCCAAAGGAUCUGAAACCCGGCGACCACAUUUACUCUCACAAGAGAUACGGUUUCUACAGCCAUCACGGAAUAUAUGUCGGGGAUGGGUUCGUGAUUCACUUUACUCGGACAGAGACCAAGAACAGCGUCCUCCGGCUGCCCAAGGCCGAGAAGUCUGUGCACCCGCCUCCCUGCCCGAAAUGCCGAUACGACGAACGCAUAGAUCUAGGUGUCGUCAGGACAUGCGUCGACUGCUUCCGUCGCGGCAAGGAGAAGCUCCACUCCAUAAGGUACUUUGUGUACGGCGCGCCCCGAGUGGGGCUACUGCUGAAGAAAUCGGGAACCUGCACGACGCUUGAGUCCAGCAGGACCGCCGAUGAUGUUGUUUGGGAAGCUUACGAGCUUUUCUGGAAACAGGGAUUUGGCGAGUACAACCUCCGCUCGAACAACUGUGAACAUUUCGCAACCUUCUGUCGGACCGGAAAGAGAGAGUGCACGCAAAUGUCGUUCUACAAUGAUCUGGAAGAGUGGUUCAAGAGCCUGAUUUCGUGACGUACUCGAUCAAAUAUGCCGAUUGUGGUCGCCGCUUACUGGGUUUUGCAACAUGUCCAUUGUACGUUCCCUUUAUCUUGCAAUUUCUUGCCAUGGCCAUUCAAAUUCAACUUCUUAUGAUUUUCAGCAUGAAAAUAGACUCCUGUCUAUAUACAUAUAAUUAUAAUAAUCCCAUAUUAUAAUAUGCAUUGUCUAAUAAUA